AAUAGCCGGCUCGCUUAGAUGGAGGGCGAGGGAAGAGGAGGGGGCUUGUUGUGAAGGUAGGACGAGCGAAGAAUCUGGCGCUUCCGGGUCUGCAGCGGCAUCAGCAUCAUUAUCCCCUGCUGAGACAGCGAGGGUUGGCGAUGAAGGGGUUAACCCCGCAGCGACAGAGACAACGGCCGUUCUGCGAGUGUCGCUGAGCUGUUUGCUGAUCGCCUCUGCCUCCCCGUUAACUGCCCCGCCCGCCCGCCCGCUCGUGCUCCUUCGGGCUCCUUCUCAGCCCAGCCCCGCAAUCACCAUAGAGACGACGACGGCGCCGCUGCCGCCUGCUCCCAAGCCAUGGGCCAGAGGCCGCUGCUGGACUGCGCCGGGCUGAGCUGGGAGGCGACGUGGGACGAGCGAUAAGACCGCCGCUCCUCCUCCGCCCCUCGCUGCUCUUGUCCACUCCAUCCGUCCCCGGACCCUCCGGAGGGAAAGAGCCCGCUUCUGUAUCGGCCCCGCUUGGACGGGAAGGGGCGCCGCCGGCUGCGGUCCAGCCUCUGCUUAAAUGGAAGCUACUUCUGAGAACCGGUUGGUCUCUACAGAGGUAGGCUUUGUAUAGCAGCAGCAUCACUACGGGAGAUUACAAUGAGUGGAGGAGGGGAACAGCCAGAUAUUCUUAGUGUGGGAAUACUGGUGAAAGAAAGAUGGAAAGUGUUGAGAAAGAUAGGAGGUGGAGGAUUUGGAGAAAUUUAUGAUGCACUUGAUUUGCUUACUCGAGAGAAUGUUGCAUUGAAGGUCGAGUCAGCUCAGCAGCCAAAGCAAGUUCUGAAAAUGGAAGUGGCUGUAUUGAAAAAACUUCAAGGGAAAGAUCAUGUCUGUAAAUUUGUUGGCUGUGGAAGGAAUGAUAGAUUUAACUAUGUUGUCAUGCAGUUGCAGGGUCGGAACUUGGCAGAUCUACGUAGAAGUCAGUCUAGGGGAACCUUCACAAUUGGUACUACCUUGCGGCUUGGGAGGCAAAUUCUGGAGUCUAUUGAGAGCAUUCAUUCGGUUGGGUUUUUACAUCGAGAUAUUAAACCAUCCAACUUUGCUAUGGGUCGUUUUCCUAGCACUUGGAGAAAGUGUUACAUGUUGGAUUUUGGCUUGGCACGCCAGUUUACAAAUUCAUGUGGGGAUGUCAGACCACCCCGGGCUGUUGCUGGUUUUAGAGGAACAGUGCGGUAUGCAUCGGUCAAUGCUCACAGGAACAGAGAGAUGGGACGUCAUGACGACCUCUGGUCCCUGUUUUACAUGUUGGUGGAAUUCGUGGUUGGACAACUGCCUUGGAGAAAAAUUAAAGACAAGGAGCAAGUAGGCUCUAUAAAAGAGAGGUAUGACCACCGGUUGAUGUUGAAGCACCUCCCUCAAGAAUUUAAUACAUUUCUAGAUCACAUUUCUGUUUUAGAUUAUUUUACCAGACCUGAUUAUCAGCUUCUCAUGUCCGUCUUCGACAACAGCAUGAAGAAUUUUGGAGUGACAGAGAGUGACCCCUUUGACUGGGAAAAGAGUGGAAUUGAUGGCUCUCUAACUACCACUACCACUUCAACUACUCCUCAGCUGCAUACUCGGCAGACCCCAGCUGCAAUAGGAAUUGCCAAUGCUACCCCAAUACCAGGAGAUUUGUUGAGAGAAAACACAGAUGAAGUGUUUCCAGAUGAGCAGCUAAGUGAUGGUGAGAAUGGUAUCCCUAUUGGAAUCUGUCCAGAGAAGUUGCCAGAGUCUCCUGGACAUCAUCGCUCUCAGGAAAAGGAUGUGUGGGAGGAGAUGGAUGCAAACAGAAAUAAGAUACAACUGGGAGUCCAUAAAACUGCUACAGAAGAGGAGAAUAGUCAUGGGCCAGUUAAUGGCAUGCUUAAUGCACCAAGCCUAGGUUCUCCGAUUCGUGUCCGCUCGGAGACGACACCACAAGACAGGGAUGUCCCCCUUGUUCGGAAGUUACGAUCAAUCCACAGUUUUGAACUGGAAAAACGUCUGACCUUGGAAUCAAAGCCAGACACAGAUAAAUUUCUAGAAAUCUGCAUGGAGAAGAAGAAAAAAGAAUUGAAUUCUGGAAAAGAAUCUGCUGCUGUUGCUUCUCAGAAAACCCCUUUGCCUCCAGUUACUUCCUGCAAUGAACAUGUUUGGCACUAUGACGAAGAAUACCUGCCUGAUGGUUCCAAGCCUGCUUCCAGAUAUUCUCCAGAACAGGGAGAUGGUGGCGCUAGCAAUGGAUAUGUGGCUGUCAAUUUGAGUUCCUGGCAGCAAGAGUUUGACUCCAAGGAAUGGGUGAUAGUGGACAAAGAACGGGACCUGCAAGAUUUCAGGACUAAUGGAGUUAUAGGGCAUAAAACAACUGGAAGCCCCUCUGAUGAUGAGCCCGAAGUGCUUCAAGUCCUCGAGGAGUCUCCACAAGAGGAUAAGUUUAGAGCUAUUGGCAAAAAUGCAACUGAUGGGGCAGCUCUGGAUCUAGCUGUUGAAUGCUGUGGUAUUGCAGCUUCUGAACAAUUUACAAAUCAACUAGAAUUCCCAGUUGGAACUGCUAGCCAGCUUCUUGCUGUCACACCUACAAGUCUAAUGGAGGCCCAAGCAGAAGGGGCUCUUACUCCACUCUGCUCACCUCAUAUGCUGCAUUUCUUCACCCCAAGAAUUUCAAGUCCCAUCCUCCGUACCCUGAGCCCUAUAACCCAUCUCACCACCUACCUGGAAUCAAAGAAAGAGACUGGCUUUCCAAGGAGUCAAUCAGCAGAGAGCCACUCUUCCUCUUCCUGGUCAUCUGCCCGUAGGCAACUUCCUGUUAUUCCCAGUGGCAACAAGUUUCCCCCUGUCAUUCGCAUCUCAAAAGCACAAGCCCAGCAGGUUACAAUUCCCAGACCAUCUAUGGCCUCCACACAGUCUGCAUCUGAGAGUUUUCAUUUUGGUCAGCAGCUAGAGAAGCGAGAUCGAGAUACUCGGCCUUUGGAGCAUACUGUUGAACUUUCUUCUCCUAAGGAGAAUUUAGCUGGCUUGGUGGUAGCUAAUGAUGCAUUAACUCUUAGUGGCAUUAGAACAGAUUUAGUACUCAAGUUAGACAAUAACUUGCAGGAUAAGGAAGGGUAUAUUGGAGAAGGUAGUGUAGCCCAAGACCAUAGCCAAAAGGACCUUCUUGAACAGUGUGUGAAGAGGCAAGGAGAGCAAGAGCUUGCAAAUCUCUUUGAAGAAGGGGAAACCAGUAAUCUUCCAGAAACUUGUGAAGAUAGCAUUGAAGUACAAAGGACAGGACCUGUUGCUCCAGAAAACAGUGAAUCUGUGCUAGACAAACUGCAGGCUGCUACAGAACCUGAAGAGCAGAGGCCAGUAACUUCCUGCCUAUUGCCAAAUUAUGAUGCAAAACAGGAGGUAUUGAAGCAGUCAGUAGGUGAAACAUCAGAUGUUUCUCUAUCAAGAAGUACUGAGCCAUUUCUUCACAAACAGGAAAGCCAAGUAAUUCCAAUGCAAGAAAAUGGUUUCCAUGAUGAUGGUGAUACUAAUGCUGAAAAACUGCAAUGCCAACAAGGAAACCUCACUACUUUUUUACAUCAAGAGGACAAAGGAGAGCAAAAUGUUCUAAGCAAUGGAGAAUUGUUCCACAGUGUUGCAGAGAAUGAGAGUUCUCAUCAGUCCAAGAAGGAAUUAGUUAGAACACCAUUUGUACCUAGACAAAGCCGCAUUCCAGUUUUAGCACAAGAGAUAGACUCCUCAUCAGAGUCCUCUUCACCUGUUUCAGCAAAGGAGAAACUACUACUAAAAAAGGCUCAUCAGACAGGCUUGGUUAGAUUACUUGUAGAAAAAAGACAGCUGAAAUCUUUCCUUGGUGAUCUCUCAAGUGCCUCUGAUAAAUCACUGAAGGAAAAAGUAGCCACUUCUCCUUUACCACUUUCAGAUGAUGUUUUGUCCUCCUUUUCCAAGCUGACAUUGGAUGCUCAUCUGCAUAGUCAAGUGGAAGAAAGCUUUUUGUCAUCAAGCAGUCCUCACUGCAGAAAGAGCAAAAUCCCAAGACCUGUAUCUUGGACUACCACAGAUCAUAUUAGCAAUUCGAGUUCAGCUCAGUUUUUUCCUCGGCCACCACCAGGAAGACCCCCAACAAGGCCUGGAGUAGAAGCCAGGUUGCGCAGAUACAAAGUGCUAGGAAGCAGCAGCUCAGAUUCAGACCUGAUCUCUCGCCUGGCUCAAAUCCUGCAGAACGGAUCUCAAAAACCAAGGAGCUCUUCCCAGUGUAAGAGUCCAGGUUCUCCACAUAGUCCCAAAACUCCACCCAAAAGCCCAGUCAUUCCCAGACGCAGUCCCAGUGCCUCUCCUAGGAGCUCUUCUUUGCCCCGUACUGCCAGUUCCUCAUCAUCCCGAAGUGGGCGGCCUCACCAUGACCAGAGGAGUUCAUCUCCCCAUCUCGGAAGGAGUAAAUCGCCUCCUAGUCUUUCAGGGUCUUCAUCAUCCAGGAGAUCCUGCCCACAAGAGCACUGCUACAGCAAAUCUAACAAGAACGGUCUGAAAGGUUCUAGUGGCUCCUGCCACCACUCCUCUAUCGUUAAACCGCCCACAGGGAAGAACAAAUCUGCUAGUAAACUUAGCAGAUAGGAACUGAGUUUUGUCUGGUCUUCAAUCCCCCUUUCUUAAUCUGAUGCAUGUUCUGUCCGUGUACUGUGUAUUUAAGCAAAGAAAAAGUCUUCAAAAUCAGUGUUCAUCCUGACUCUCAAAGAAAAGCAACUCUGUGAUAAAUUAUUUAUUAGUACGUGAGUGGCCAGGUGACAAGCAGAUCAGGGAAGUUGAAAGGGCAGGGAUGGGGUAUCCAGAUUGUCCAAAAUGUUUGAAACAUUCACAAACAUUGCCCUUGAGGUGAGUGUUUAUUGCUUAAAAUAAGGUUUUAAUUUUUUCCCCUUUUUUGCUUAUUAAAAGUACACAGCCUGAUUAUGUAAGGCUUUUUCUCAAGGAAUGUUACAAAACCUGAAACAAUUAAGUUUCAUCAUGACACCAUUAUAUCUGAGGUACUAUUCAGCUGUGUGUUUGUAGUUUUUAAAAAGCACAUUAUUUGGAACAGCAAUAUUCUUGGAUGUCUGUAUUUUUAAUGGUGGGUUUCAUACAUCUGUUUCCAAGUUAUCUCCUGCCAUGUUGUUUGUGUCCUGCCAUGGCUUAUGUUUCCCUCCUUUUGAAGCAAGCAGCUAAACAAAACAAACCCUAUGUCUUUUAUUACAAAAUAUUUGACAUGGGUUGCAACUUGGUGCACAGUUAAUGCAUAUAAAUUCAUUUAAAACAAUGAAUUUAAAACUUAUUUAAGUACAAACAGGACUAAAUCAAUGAAUUUAAAACUUAUUUAAGUACAAGCAGGCAUCAAUGUUCAGAUUUUCUGCGAAGGAUUUUGUGUACUCGCAUUUAGUGGCUCAUUAAUAAUCUGUUUGCUGCUGUUCAGAUCCUGAGCCUAUGACAACUUGAUUAUUUGUCUACAUGUUAGUUGUUGGAGCCAUGGCAUUUUCCUCCAGGGCUCCACCAUAUGAUAAAUUAUAGGGAUGAUGGUCAUAGCCUGAGUUGAAGAAGAAGAGGAGCGCUUGGACUCUGCAGCAUUACUACAGGUGCAGCAUUUGUUAGAGUGUACAAAGGCUUCUCAGGGUACAAAGGACGAGGCAUUACUAAAACUGACUAGGAUUUACUCAUCAGGGACAAGUCCAUUUACCUUAUUUGUAACUCCCUUCUUCAAUGUAAUAGUGCUGAAGAAGAGUAGAAAUGUUUACACACUUGGACUUUUUACUUGAGAAUUGAAAUCUAGGAGCUUUAAUCUGCUUAAACAUGACUACACAGCUUGUACAUGAUUGGGAAAACAGAAUUCCUUUUUUCCUCAGAAUCUGGGAGAUAAUAUUUGAUGGUAUAAUCUAUAAGGCAACUGGUGGAGCUAUUUCUUAUGGGUCAGUGUCUUUAAACCUGUAUUGUAGAGAAAGAAUGCAUGUGCCUGCUCCUUCCCCCAGUUUGCCCAUGUGGCUACUGAGUAUUUGACAAGCUAUCGCACAUGCUCAUUUGGAGGCUGGUAGCCAAUAUUUCUGUGGUCCUACAAUAUAGGUAUAUAUAUUUCCUUAUCCAUAAGUAUGGCCCCAUUUAGGGACAUUAUAAUGUUGGUUCUUGUUUUAGAGUUGUCUUCCACUCCCUCAAAAUAUCUGAAUAUGGUCAAUAGCUGAUGGGUUUCCCAAAAUAUACUUAACACUUAUUGUAUAAUACUUAAAGGAACAACUUCAUUUGCUACAUCCAGAAAUGGAUAAUGGAUUGGAAUAAUUAAAAAGGAAUUAUUUUAAAACGGAUACAUCCACCUCGCUGAAUGGGUACUUGUUUUAGGGGGAAGUGGUCUGUAUCCAACCACACAUUCCAGAGACUUUGGGGCAUUUAAGUUAUCUUAAGGGAGGAUAGUGAUUUCCGGUAAUUUUUGCCCUCCCUCUGCAAGCUUCUGCUUAGUCCUUUGUGCUGUCCUUAAUGCUUUGCUGAUCCCUUAGGAAAUGGGUUGGGAGAAGAUUGGUGGGCUGCAGAGGUGCAGAAAUUGCAGCCCCCAGUAAGGAAGCUCAGGUGCUUUUAAGUCUAUAACUGUGUGGUUGGAUUCAGGUAUGGUGGGGGAGGGGGUGGGAUUUGGGCAAUUGCUGAUCUGCUUGUUAUAGUUCUGUGCCUGUAGCUAGCAUACUUUAAAAAAAAAUGUUUUAUUUACAUUUCAUUUGCUGCCAAAAUAGUAUCUUUGGAUAGAAAAGGGAAUACUUUCUCUCCAAGCUAAUGCAUUUCUAAUGCUGCAUUGAAGCUGCACUGAAUUUCACCUGUUCUGUCAGAAUGUGUUGAAAUUUUUUACUCCUAAAUGUGUAUAUUGUUUCCCAUAAGUAAUGUAGCACAGUGUGGAACCUUAGCUGCAUUCAGGUUUCAAACACUACAGAGGAAUGCAAUAGGGAGAGCAUACCUGCUGUUUCUCAAACUGUACGAUUAAAAAGAUCUAUUCUGUUGUAUUAUAAUGUAUAAUAGGUGCUAUACUAAUAAUUGCAUGUCUCAUGGUAAAUUAUAUAUUAUAAAUAUUUAUAAAUAUAUAUACAUAUGCUUCUAUAAACUUCCUUACUGUUUCUCAUUUUCCAUUUGUAACGCUGUGGACCAUAAACAAUGCAGUACUUUCUCGUUUGCCUGAAUGUAGUCUUUCAGCUCCCAUUUCCUGGCAUGCACAAAGCUGAAUGCUCUUCCUGUCUGAGUUCAGGUUUGGAGGGUGGUAAUUGCUCUGCAAGUGUUUUGUAUCAAUUUUGCCACUGUAUUUGUAAUAUUUGAAAUGAAGUGCAAGGCAUCUGACAAACUUGUUUCUUUGAUUGCCUGGUAGGAUGUGUGACCAUGAUUUUGUCUUUACAUCUUGCCUCACAUCCUUCCAUCCCAUAAUGAGACUCUUUCAGGCUCCACUGUUCUUUGUGACACUGGAUGGUGACAGAUACCUAAUGGAUUAAUAGGAUUCAAAAGGGUGGAACUAAACAGCUGCUUGUAAGGGUAGAAGGCAUUUUAUUCAAGAGGGAAGUUGUGUGAUUUCAUCAGAAUCCCACAUCCAAUUUCAGUCCAUCAACCAUAUCCCAAAACAUUCUUUGUAUGUAUUAAAAUAUCUACGCCCUGAAUUUACCCCUUCAUAUGGGGCUGAAAAUCUCCUGAUUCUCUACAGUAGCUUUUGGGUGGGUGCCAUUGGCUACAGAAGGAAGGGGGAGGUGCCCCAAAUAAAUGUUUAUAUUUUCUGUUUGACCCUUUCUCUUGCCAGUUCUCCCUUUUCCUCUGAUUUCUGAAAAUCAGUUACUGAGGUCCCUUGGAAUCUCUCAUGGACAGUGCAUUUUUUGACUGUUAUAUCUUAUGAAAAUGUGUUGGGUCUUUCAGCUCAGCCAUUCCCAUGAAACAUGUUCUUCAUGUACUGCCAGACAUAAAAUGAUACAUGUACCUAAAAAAGUUAUCCCAACUUCAUCUAACCAAAACAGAUCAACUUGAAGUACUCUUCCUUUCGUGUCCCUUUUGGAAUAAUACAUGAGUGGUCCCAGGUCAUAUUUCAUGAGGUCAAUAAUGUAUACUUAAAUCAACCAUGUAGUGGACAAGUAUUAGCCUAUGAGGUGUGUUCAUAUGAAAUACCUACCCAUGAUGAAAAUGAGGUAUAAAUAUUCCAUCCUUAUUUGAUGUUUCACUGGGGCAUUGUAUGGUGUUUAUUUACCCAGGUCCUGUAGUCCUUUUUAGAAAAUUGAUCAACCUUUUCCUUUGCUUCUGAUUAAUUUAAACCAUUUACAGUUUUCAUAUUUUACACUGAAUCCAAGGGAGUGAUUCUUACACAAGAGUCCCUUGUAUGAACAUGUCAAGAGUAUCAAUAUUUAAGAACAUGCAUGUAGGGAGAUGAAUAGCCCCAAAGAUUUAUUUUCCCGCUGCCCUGUCAAAGACCAAUGAAUAUCUAUCCUAUGCAUUCACUUUAAAAGAAUGUUGCAGAAAAUAUUGUUAUACAUAUUGUAUGUGUACUCUAAAUUAAUGUUCCAACAAUAUUAUUUGAAAUAUGUUUGUAUUUCUUUCCAAACUGUAAAAGUGCAAAAAGAAAUAGGCCACACUGAAUGGUAAUUGUGGAAGGCACAGGAUGAGGCCGGUGUAGUUUAAUGCAGUGGUUGUUAACAAUUGUUUUAGUGUCACUUUGCCAAACACUGCUUUAAUAGUGAUUUAAAAGCCAUUGGUUUACUAAUGAAGCUUUAAAGUAGCACAGUGGAUUGCUAUCAACCCCGUCUUAAGCUGUGGUUUUGUUUUUCCAUUUCUUUCAUUGGUUUCUACAUAACUUUUGUCAUACCCAAAUGGUAUUGUGAAUUAAACUUGAUUACAACAACGUUAGCUAUAUAGGAGCUAGGCCCUGGUCAAAAAAUUAAAACCAUAACUUCAUGGAAUUAAUUGUAAUUAUUGGUGUACUUUCUCUUGAAAAUAAAUCUCAAAUCUUAAGUAUGGAAAGAUAAUACCAUAAUGAAUAGGCAGAAAUGUGGUUGCAUCUACUAAGCCAGGGUGAGCAAUAGCUGUAUAAUUCUUUCUGAACAGAUUUCUUCCCCAUGUAAAAGGGCAUGUAGCCAGUGACAUUCUAUAGGAAUACAUCAACCAUUCUUAAAUAUAACCUCAUAUUUAUUUCUGAGAUAACUCUACUAAACAAAUAAUGAGUGUUACAGAUGUAUAGGUUGUCUCAGUUGUUACAACACUGGUUCUGUUGGGGUCUCCCUUUAUCUAGGGAGUUUGUAUGGUUCUUGCCAAACUGUUCUUUAUAGGAUUUUUGCAGUUUUAAAGAAUGCAUAGUUUGGGGGUUAUAUAUUAAGGUGUGUGGUUCACAAAUUUAACUAUAGCAUUGAUGACUAACAUUUCAGAAUAAUAGAUUUUUACAGGCAUUCUCAGCUCUUAUAUUCUUAAAUACCAUCAUAUUUUGCAAUAUCUAGAACGCUGGCUCCUGUAUCAUGUAAAGGAUGCAAGGUAACCAGCCACCAAUGUAACUUAGUCAUGUGGGAAGUCAAUGCAGCUGGAAAUUAUACUAUCUGUAGCAGCUUUUGCAUAGGUGGCAAUAAACGUUGUAUUCCGAUGAUGCUCGUGCAGUCUAUGGAAGGGGUAUCUGUAUUAGAGAAAUGUAACAGGAAAACAUGAAGUGUAUUUUUAUUGGGCAAAUAUUCACAUUGAAUUUUUAUAAAUUCCUUUCCCCAUUGAUUUUUUUUGUUUGAAACCAAGAAAGAAGUGGCAUUUCUAUCAUGCUGCAUGACAGGACUCUGUCCUGACACAAGUACAAGCAGUGCCUUCUCUGGAUGCAGUGGUAAUCCUCCUGUAACUCUGGAUAGGUGGUGCUUCACUUUAAUUGUUUCUGGAAAACAAAGGACCCUAAUUCUGCUCACAUAGGCAUCAGAAUACAGAUUUAAUGCCGAGAUUUUUUUUUACUCUUUGAAUUAAGCGGGAUAGUGAUAACUGUGCCUGCAGUUGUAAAUCCUCCUUUAGUUUAACAUAAUAUUUGCACAUUUUAUUUUAUUUGCUGAAAAUGAAUUUUCUGGAAGAAAAUGUCUAGAAUAAACAAUGUCAUAAGCCACUUGGCUUAAUGGCAAAGGUGAAGGAUAAAAUGAUCUUGCUGCUUUUAUAUGCUCAACUCUGCAAAGCAGAGUCCAUUCCCAUUGACACAACUGAGAAAUAGAGGUGUAGAGCAUUCUGCAGACUUAAGGCCACGAGCUACAUGCUGCUAUCCCAAAAUCAAUAUGCUGCUAUUUCAUUUUCUGUAGAUGUUCUGAUUUUGUAUUUGUGUUCAGGGAAGGCCAGUUCCAGGUCAAUUGGCACAGAACUCCUUGCCAACCUUGCUCGGAGGGCAGGUGGCUCUCUUGGAUCCUUUGGCUGUCUGGGGGUACUAAGAACAAAUGGUUUAUUCGUAAGUUGCAAUGAUUUCCCUAAGGAUUGUCUCAUUUAACCUCGAAAAAUGGUAAAAGGAUUCACACAAUGCCUGCUCCUUGCAACUUCCCCGGCAGCUUCAAAAGGAUCCAAGACUAGUGAGAAUGUGUUUGAGGAAUACUUGCAUACAUCUGUAGGUUCAGACCGCUGUGGUGCAUAAGCACCUUUCCCCGAAUAUAUUGGUUAACUGUGAUAUGAAAGGUAAGACUACAGAAGCUGCAGUAGUUGACCGAUGAUCUCCUAAUUGUUUAAAGACUGCCCACAGUUCUCUGAACUUAUGGUAUGUUGCCUAAUCCCUUCAGUUGUUUCAAAAUAAAAGGUGAGAAAAUGGCAAAGGAGGGAAACUUUUUGCUUUUGGUUAUUUGUGCUGCCAGCUCUUUUUGCCAAUGAGUAAGUUAUGUAUGAUAAAAAGUGAGUGGGUUGAGUGGGUUGGGCCUUAAACUGGGUAUUUGAGUCUAUUUGUGUGUGUGUUCUAAUGUUCCACUGAAAAGUGUAUAGAGAAGUGACAUACAAAUAAACACAACUUUCUCCAAAUUUCUAUUCUUCUGCAUCAGAGGAAUUCUCACAGUCCUACAAAAAUGGUCUUUAGUAAAUAAACAGAGUAAAAGACCAAGUUCCAUGGAAAAUUGGUGAUGAUAUCUCUUAACAUUUCUAAGCAACUGCAGUAUGUGUUCAAAUCGGAUUGAAGCAGUGGCCCUGGGGAAGGGGCUGGUGGUUAAGAGCUCCCACUUGAUCUGUCCUCCCAGUCUAACCCCCUCCCCACAGCUGCUGCUUGCUUUGCUGAGGAAAAUACCAGUAUCAGGGUAAUUUGUACAAGGAAAGCAGCAGCAUCAGAGCAGGGCUAAUUCCCUUUGCUCCCAGGAACUUUCUACCCAGCUUCUAAAUAAAACAUUAAAACAGCAAGAUAUAAUUGCAGAACUCUUGCACUGAAUGUAGUUUGGCACUGAGACUGAAAAGGAACAAUACACAUUACGUGGUCUUAGACAAACCUGUUGCCUAUACAGUAUUCAUUCAUAUAAUUAUCACAGCAGGCUGUGUGUGUAUAUAGAAGUUUAUUGUGUGUUGGUCUUGGCUUUUUUGUUUAUCUAGUGAAUGCUGUUUUCCACUUUUUACAAUGGUUUUGAUCUCUGUCCUUUCUUGUAACAAAGUGUCUAGUAAAAAUAAUAAUGGGCAACCCUUAGUGCUAGAAAAUCCUGCAGUAUAGCUUCUGCGGCUUAGGCUAGCUUUUUAUGAAGCUCUUCUCAGUUGGCUUGUAGAUAAAGAUACUUUUUUUCCUUUUCUGCAAUAAUUGGACAUAAGCAAACUUUUUAAAAAAUACUGUUAUGCAAAAAGAGGAAGUUCUGAAUUGUGGUGUGCUCUAUUAUGUUUAAAACUUCUAUAUCGUUCCAUAGAUUCAGGAGUUUGGGUUAUAGUUUGAUCUUAGAAGUAGAGACAACAGUAGAACAUUAGAGCAUGCUUUAAUUGGAAUGCCAGUUCAGUAAAAGAGAUUCUGGUACAUCAAUAUAUGUGGAUUUAAAGAUUUCACAUUUUGGGGUUUUCAUAUGUUACUAUUUGGAUUUAACUUGGAGCUUGUUAAACACUUUUCUGCUGCAUAUUGCUACAUUAUGUUAUACUGCAGGCAAAACUCUUGAAGAGGGGGUUGUCCCAUCCCACUUUGAUAAUCCCUUGGUAUGCUCAUCUGCAUUUCUAAAAAGAUGGCUGAGGUGAAGCAGGCAAGAAAUUGAAAUGUCUUCCAUCUCCCUCCUGCCCAGAUGGAAAAAAAUGGUUAAAGUGUCCCUUCAGACCACAGGUCAUUUCUUCACACAUGGAAUAAACAAAAAGCUCUGAGAAAAGGUAGCUGCAUUUGAACAGGAUUUCUCUCUUAAAAAGUGAAUGCUUGUGGUGCCAGUAUAAAAUGUUUAUUAUAAUGUCUGCUGCUCGAGGGAAGUAAUUUUCUGUUGCUGAUAACAAAGACCCCUGUUGUCCAGUGCAGCCCCAGUCGAAUUGGUUGGACAUGUGCAUAUCAUCUCAGAAGAGGUUAAGUGGUCAGUGUGCCCAGGAACCCUUAAGUCCAGAAUUGAAAGUGAUAGAAGAAGUCUUCUCAGGUCUGCCAGGCUCAUAUACCAGACAUUAAUGAUUACUAGCAACAGAUGAAAAGCUAUCUUUUUAAAAAGGCAUAGGAUUGUAUCCUACCACUUCCACCCAGUUAAGGGAGGCACAUCAUGCCAGUGCACAGCAGAAUACACCUUGUGCUAAAAGAUGCAACCCACUGAACAUAGGUUCUCAAAUCCUGCAGAACUAUCCCUGCAUAUAUGUAAUCCUCCAAUCUCCACUGCAUGCUGCUGUUCACUGAUAUGAAAAUGAAUUUCUAACAGCCCAAUCCAGACCCCCGGGGCGGCCAGGGACAGUGUCACUGUGGCAGUGCCCUGCUGCCUUCAGAGGGCUUGUUGGCAACAUGGGGAGGCAAGAUACAACCCCGCCUUCUUACUGCUGAAAAGCCCUUCAUUGGGCUCAAUGGGCUUGCGCCACCCUUACCCAGGCACAGAUACCCCAGAACAAAGUUGGGGUGGAAGAUGACUAUGGUUGACUCCACCUCUGACCAUGCCUCCAGAACACCCCUGCUACCCUAGGCAGAGCCAGCGGGAGCGCAGGAGCGCCAUAUCUGGCUGUUGUAGAGGGCUGCAGCAACCAUCUGCUGCCGGAUUUGCCCCUCUGCUAGGAUAAGUGUUUUGAGAAGGGCAAAUUUGCUUGCACAGGUUCCUGCCACCUCCACAACUCCUUUUACCUGCCCCCCCGAAUUGGGCCAUAAGUGUCUUCUCCAAAUAUCUUUCUUACUGAGUCACUAAUACUGAUCAUGUUUUAUAUUUGGAUUCCCUGCUUCCUCUUACUGCUUUACAAGUCUCCAAAAAUAAAGGAAAUAAAUGCUUUAAAACAAGGAGCAACCUCCUAAGCUGGGGGUACUAAUACAAAAUAAUUAAAUAAAAUUUAAAAUAAAUAUUUACUAAGAAAACGUUCAGCAUAAGGAUAACGUUUAUAGUGAUGAAUUUAGGUAGGAACUUGAUCUGGAAAACUAACUUAGUAUAAUCGACUAUUCCAAUAGGGUUUUUUGUUUCCAAAAUUCAAUUUAAUUUUUAAAAAUUAAUUUAUAAUUCUGCUCAGGCAUUGAAGAGCCUGAGAUAGUGGCUGAAUAGUAAGUGUCUUUGUAACAGUAAUUUGUACAUAAAGGUAUAGUUAUUUAUUUUCCCCAUUUGUAUCAUAUCAAAGCUUUGUAAAUGUUUUAAGUUUUGUUUUCAAAUUAUUUUGUAUUUUAUUUUUAUAAACUGGUUCUAAAUAAAAAUCAUUCAGCAUGCGAA